AGAAAGAAAAGGCCUGUGUUCAGUUUGGAUCAAACAAACAUGGGGCUGCAAACUCAAGCUCUCGUUUCUGCCAAAUGGCUCGCAAACAUGGUGAACCGCAACCUGGUCGGACCUCGUCUGCGGAUCCUGGACACGUCCUGGUACCUGCCGAUGAUGGAGCGAGAUGGCAAGAAGGAGUUUGCCCAAUCUCACAUCCCGGGAGCGUCUUUAUUCGACAUAGACGAGUGCUCGGACCGGACCUCAGAGUUUGAUCAUACGCUGCCGACCGAGCAGCUGUUCGCAGACUAUGUGGGCAACCUGGGCAUUGGAAACGACAGCCAUGUGGUGGUUUAUGACGCCAGUGACUUCGGGUUGUUCUCUUGCACCAGAGUCUGGUGGAUGUUCCGCUUGUUCGGCCAUCCUCAGGUGUCGGUGCUGAACGGGGGGUUCAGGGACUGGGUGAGGGGGGGCUACCCGACCACAGGCGCCUCCAGCCGGCCUGAAGCAGCCCGCUUCACCGCCACCAUGAACCGCUCCUGGGUCAGGUCGUUUGAGGACGUCACAGAGAACAUUGAGUCUCAGCGGUUUCAGGUGGUGGAUGUGAGGCCUCUGGAGAGGUUUAAAGGGAGAGAGCCGGAGCCAAGAGAGGGUGUCCGGUCAGGUCACAUCCCCGGCUCCAAAUGCAUGCCUUUCUAUGACUUUGUCGACGCUGACGGCAUGAUGCUCUCCAAGGAGAAGCUGAAGAAGUUCUUCGAGGAGUCAAAGGUGGACCUGAAUAAGCCACUCUGUGGAUCCUGUGGCUCCGGUGUGACCGCCUGUCACAUGGUGCUAGCCGCCCAUCUGUGCGGCGCCCCCGGGGCGUCUGUGUAUGAUGGAUCGUGGUACGAGUGGUUCACCAAGGCCCCGCCGGAGCAUGUUGCCACCGAGCUCUGAGGAGGACGAGGGCGCGACAAAGCUUCACUUGAUUAAUCACACUUUAUAACCUUGAUCACAAAUACAAGAGCUGAGAUAUAAACCUUAAAUCUACGCUGUGUGUGCUUGUUACAGGAAUGUGGAUUUAACACAUAUUCUACAUUUGAAUGUUAAACAAGGCUCUAGAUAAUGGACUGUUACUCAGCUUGAUUUUUGUUGGAUUGAAUGUCAUGAUUUUCUUGUAUGUUGAAAGACGUUAAAAGAAAUGACUAUUGCUGCUGUUCCUCUCUGUGCCUCUAUAAAAGCCUUUCCUCCCAUUAUUUGAAUAUAGACACAAUUUAAUAUGAAUAAUUAUAUAUUCUGAGCCGUUUUCCAGCUCAUUUGAGAUCAUAAUUGCAACCAAAUGUUGUAUCUGAUAAUCCUUCUACUACUCAAACAACUGCCCUCUGUGGGCUUUUGAAGAAAUAUAUCCACAUGGCACAGCCUGCUGGGGAUUUAGAGGAAGUGCACUUUAAAAAAAUGUGCCUUGGAAGACUUUGUAACUUGUAACUGUAUUUUGUGCGGUUUGUAUGUCCUCUAUUUCACAGUUAUAAGCUUCCCUUAGAUUUGUUCAAAUGAGUUUUGAUAUGUGAUUUAAAAUGAAUCUAUUUUUAAUGUUAAUACUGGCUUCUUAUUAAAAGCAAGAAAGAA